AUGAUCACCUACCUCGCAAAGAAGACAACGGAUAGCUUGUUAUCGGCUGGGGGGAAGAAUGGAUAUGAAUCAGUACUCACACCACCUGCUACGCCAACAAAAGAUGCUGCUGAAUUGCCCAAUUUGUCUUUGACAGAUGAUUUACUCGCUCAAUCAUCUACCUUGCCCAGUUUGGAAUGCUUUAUCGCAACUCUGGUUGACCAAUCAAAUGUCCAAGUUCCAACUCUCAUUUCUACCCUCGUUUACUUGGAUAGACUUAGGCUCAAGCUUCCACCCGUUGCUAAAGGCAUGUCUUGCACCAGACAUAGAGUAUUCUUGGCUGCUUUGAUAGUCGCUUCAAAAUUUCUUAAUGACAGCAGCCCUAAGAACAAGCACUGGGCUAGACACGCUAGGUUGUUUAGUGUGGCAGAGGUUAACUUGAUGGAGAGGCAGCUGCUGUCCUUUUUGAAUUUUGAAUUGAAUAUAACUCAUCAAGACAUUGUCAGGGAGUUUGGUCCGUUAAUUAGGGCGCCUCCAGUAAACAUGGCUGGAAUGGCUGGAAUGGCUCCCAUCUCUCCCAUCUCGCAAAUGCCACAGAUGCCUGCACAGAUGAUGCUUCCAUAUCAGCAAUACCAGCCACUACAGCCACCACCUAUGUUCUACCACAACUUACACAAUAUCCCCGCGUACCCAUCCCCAUCGGCAAUACGCAAACACCACCAACUUCGUCAACAAAGAUCACAGCCAACGCUUCGUCCACGCGGGAAUAUCUCACUUAGUCCGCUGAAUCAACAGCAAACAUAUCACUCGCAGCAGCAACAGCACUCUUACCACACUCACUCUAAUCACCCACAUCACCCACUCCAGACACAGAACAUACCUUCAUUGAUGGCCCUAGCUAGUCCACCAGAGACACCACUCGAAUUGAAACACCCAGCAGUCGCGAGUAAGAUCACAAAAUCUUCACAUUUUUACAACAACAGAAUAUUCAAUAAACUGAUUAGGAGGAAGGGAUCAGCGCAGGAGAUAGUUAGAUAG